UUUUUUUCUCUCUUUUUAGGCACCCACAUAUAACUGAUUGUAUUAUGGAUUAUGAUUAUGAUUAUUACGUGAUAAGCGGGUAACCAAUAUCACAAAGUAUAAAAAAAUGGUCACAGAAAAUCAAUUUUACUGUUAGAUACAAUAAAUAUAUAAGUCUAAUUUGCAUUCACAGUGAUUGGUAAUAAUAGUCAACGUUGUUUUGUUAUUGUUAUUGUUGUUACUGUACACAUAAUUUGAUUGUGAUCUAUUUCAUUAUUCAUAUGCAACGACGAAUAGACGAAUAUAUUGGAAUAUCUAUCUAUCUAUAUAUGUUAUAUCCAUUGAAACUUAUUAUAAUCCUUGAUUACAUAAUAAAUAGAUCAAUUGCUUAUGAACAGGAAUGCUUCCAUUACUUGAAGAGAUCAGUUUAAAUUGCCAAUUGUCAAGUGAAUUAUGUCUAUUUAAACAAUACGAUGAUAUUCAAUGGUCAGUAGAUGAAAAAGAAGAAAUAAGUAAAACAAAUGAAAUAAUAAACAAUGAUUUUCUAUCUCAAACUGAAAACACUACACAACAUGAUGAUGAUAUAAACAAACCAAAUGAUUAUAUGAAUGAAAUAUUCACAGAUAUACCGGAUGAUUUAGCUUGGCAAUCCACUUCACCAUGUUCAUCCGAAUCCAUUGAUUCAUUUUCAUGUAGUCGUAAUGAUUUAAGAAAUUAUAUAAAAGAUAAUUUAUUAUCAAAUCAAAAAUCCUUGUCUUCAGAUAAAUCACUUGAAUGUAUGAAUAUAGAUAAUAAUAUGUCAACAAUGAAUAUUUUAAGUAUAUCAAAUCAUUUUGAAAAUACAUUAGAUCCAUCAUUGUUUUAUCCAAUAGAUUAUACAAUGACACAUAAUUAUUGUUUAAAUGAAUAUGAUAAUCAUCAUAGAAAUGAUGAAGAAUUAUUCAAUAAUAUAAAGGAACAAACAAAAAUCACUUCAAAUGAUCUUAAUGAAGAUGAGUCUCAAUUGGAAAGUACAGAUAUAGCUUGGAUGGAUACAUUAGAUGUUUCUAGUUUACGUAUGGAUGAUGUUGUACAAAUUUUUUCAACAGUUAAUUCAUUAAAAUCUACAUCAGAAGAAAUCAAUAAAUUUGAUUAUUCAAUAUCAUCACCAUCAUCAUCUCCAUCCUCAACACCAUCAUCGUCGUCAUCAUCACCAUCAUUAUCCUCAACACCAUCAUCGUCGUCAUCAUUAUCAUCAUCCUCAACACCAUCAUCAUCGCCAUCAUCAUCGUUGUCAUCACCAUCAUCAUCAUCAUUAAUUCAACAUAAUUAUGAUCGGAAUAAUAAACGUUUACAAUUGAAUCACAAUUCAAUGUUCAAUGAUGAUGAGAUCAUUUCGAAUGAAGAAGAACACGUUGAACAUAAACUCCCAUAUAAUAAUGAAAAGAAUAAUGAUGAAUAUAAUUCAGAUAGUACAUUAACAUGUUCCGAAGCUGAAUAUUAUAAUAAUUUAAUACGUCAAAAACGUUUAAGAAAAUAUCAAACUAAUAAACGAAAAUUUAAGCAUAGAUCUUUAAUUUCAAAUGAUCAAGAUGGAUCCUAUUCACCAUCAUCAUCAUCUUCUUCUUCUUCUUCUUCUAAUGAUGAUGAUGAUGAGGAGGAGGAGGAGGACGACGAGGAAGUGGAGAAGGAGAAGAAGAAAGAAUAUGAAAAGAUAAUAAAUAAUCAAUGUAAAAAGUUUACUUAUCAUUCAAUUACUACUAAUUUACAUCAUCGAAAAAAACCUCAUUCAUCAGAGUAUUAUAUACAAUCAUCAAAUGAAAUAAAUGAAUAUGAAUCAUGGUGGCCUAAUCCUAUUACACGACGUAUGCAUAAAGAUUUUCGUUCAACCCUUUGGUUAUCUAAUGAAUUAUUAGAUUCCAAUGAUAAAGAGAUACAACAACAAUCUACCAUUUCAAUGAAUAAAAUCAAAUCAAGAAAACAUCGUAAAUUUGCCCAUUCACAUAAUAAUCAUGAUCGAUGUAAAAAUAAACAAAUGGAAUUAUGGCAAUUUAUAUUAUAUAGUUUAGAAAUUAGUAAAGAUAGUGCAUUUCAAUGGGUUAAUAAAUCAACUGGAUUAUUUCGUAUUGUAAAUACACAAUUAGCAGCAAAAGAAUGGGGUUAUUAUCGUAAUAAUAAAUUAAUGGAUUAUGAAAAAAUGGCAAGAGCUAUAAGGUUUUAUUAUAAAGAUUCAAUAUUACGUAAAUCACGUCAACAAUUACAUUUUCAAUUUGCUAUGCCUUAUGUAAAAUGGGCUGAAAAAUUUUAUGAAAAUAAAAAAAUGUUUUUUUAAAAAUUCCACUUCAUUUUGAAAACAAAACAACAACAACAACGACAAAAAAACACCACAGCAACAGCAACAAAAAAACGCCACAGCAACAAAAACAAAAACAACAACAACUGUACAUUUUCAUUGUAUUCCUUAUUGUUUCAUUCAAUUGUUUAUAUUAUCCAUUACAGUUUGUUUAAUUCUUGUGAAUAUAAUUGAUUGAUGUUAUCCAACAAAAAAAGAUAUUAUAUAUUAAUAAGAAACUAGUGACUGGCU